AUGGAUUCAUCAAAGAAGUCUAAUAAAAUUAGUGACAUUGUUAGACUUCAACAAAUCCUAAAGAAGUGGAAAAAGCUUGCAAAUGCACCCAAAAACACCAACAAAAAUUCAACCAGCUCUUCCAUUACUCCUCCUAAUCCAUCAAAUACUACCAAUAAAAGAAUCAAGUUUCUAAAGAAAACCCUCUCUUUCUCUGAUGUUUCAACAGCAGGCGCAUCAAACGACGUCGUCCCGAAAGGGUUUUUGGCGGUUUGUGUGGGGAAAGAGUUGAAGAGAUUUAUCAUCCCAACUGAGUAUUUGAGUCACCAGGCAUUUGGGAUAUUACUUAGAGAAGCUGAAGAGGAAUUUGGGUUUCAACAAGAGGGAGUGUUGAAGAUUCCAUGUGAAGUCUGUGUAUUUGAGAAGAUCUUGAAGGUGGUUGAAGAGAAAAAAGAUGUGUUUUAUUUACAUGAAUUAGGGUUUCCUUCAGAGAAAGAUAUGAUUGGUUGUUGCUCUUCAGACAGCGAGUUGACACCUUCUCAUUAUUCUCAAAUGUGUAGAUGGAUAAAUGGUUAA